ACUGGCAGGGGGCUGAAACAGAGCAGCCGUGCACCAAAGCAAUGAAAGUGAAGGUAUGUUAUAAAAAAAAACUCUGACUUCCUCUCAGGACACUUCAUGAGAACUCACCUGAAAAUUGCCUAAGCCAUGUCACAAGAUUUCGAGACAGGCCUCGAAUUUUCAACUGACCACCGAGGACAAAGAUUCUACAUCAUGUACCAUGGGGCGACUAUGGAAGCGGCGCAAAAUAUCAAGCGUCAUGGAUUCAGAUGCUCACCUGACGGGAUGCUCGGCCCCGGCGUCUACGUGAGCAGAAGUGUAGAGAAAGCUAAACGUUACCCACUAUUCCCCCAUCCCGAUGAGAAACUGGCCAUCCUGAAGCUGAGGGUAAGGGUGGGAAAAGUGAAGAGAAUCGACAAGCAAGGCCACCCGCUACAGAAAACGUGGCAUGAAGACGGGUACAACACGGCAUGGGUGCCACCCAACUGUGGCAUGGUUCGAAGCGGGUUGGAAGAGGAUUGUGUUUGGGACCCUGACAGAAUUGAAGUGCUGGACAUUGUGCCGCCCUCCCUCAAGUUUAUAAUGAGCCCUUGGGGAGAGAAAUCUUACAUUAUGUACCACGGUACGACUAUGGAGGCAGCACAGAAGAUCAAACGACAUGGUUUCGAACGCUCGUCUGGCGGGAUGCUUGGCCCUGGCGUGUAUGUGAGCAGAAGUGUGGAAAAAGCCAAACGCUACCCCCUUAAACCCAAAUCUGGAGAGAAACUGGCCAUCCUGAAGCUGAAGGUUCGAGUGGGAAAAGUGAAGAGGAUCGACAAGCAAGGCCACCCGUUACAGAAAACGUGGCAUGAACACGGCUACGAUACUGCGUGGGUACCACCCAACUGUGGUAUGGUGCCAAGCGGUUUAGAGGAGGAUUGUGUCUGGGAUCCGGAUAGAAUUGAAGUGCUGGAUAUGUGGGAAAAUGAAAGAGAGGGAAUGUGUGCAAUUUUGUAACUGAGGCUAAGAUGACCGAUGUAUAACCCAGCU